ACAGCAGGGAAGGCGCCGCCCGGAACCUGCGAGCUCUGCGGACUGACUGCCAGAAGGUGCUCAAUAGGGAAUCGCUUCCGGUCUUCAGAAAAGAAGUUUUCCCGCAGCUGGCUGCCUACUUUUUUCUUUUCAAUCGUGAGAAGGGCUCUGAGGUGCAGCAUUUCAGCCUUGCCAAUGGACCUUGUUGGUUUUGGUUAUGCAGCCCUUGUGACAUUCGGAAGUAUUUUGGGAUAUAAGCGAAGAGGUGGUGUUCCAUCUUUGAUUGCUGGCCUUUUUGUUGGAUUUUUGGCUGGCUAUGGAGCUUAUCGUGUCUCCAAUGACAAGCGAGAUGUAAAACUGUCACUCUUUACAGCUUUCUUUCUGGCCACCAUAAUGGGUGUGAGGUUUAAGAGAUCCAAGAAAAUAAUGCCAGCUGGGCUGGUUGCAGGUUUAAGAAUUUUCUAGUGUGGCUCUGUAUUGUAUUUAUGAUUUGGGAAGGAAAAAUAUGAUUAUAAAGACUGCUUUCCAGUUAGAGGCCUGCCUAAAAAUGAUACUUGGUGAUGGAAAGAAUCAGAAGUAAGGUUUACACAUUAGGAAGACAAGACCCUAAUCAAUGGAAAGUAGCUGAGAUUGUAAUAAUAACCCCCCAAAAAUUGCUCUUUCAUUAUUUUUUUCAUGUUGCUUUACCUCACUAGCUUUUGAAAAUUUUGUGUUUCUUUUGGAACCUUUCAUAAAUCUUCAUCCUAGAUUUUAAGAACAGAGAGUUCUGAUUUUUCUCCUUUAUUCGGUGAACAUUUUAAGUGGCUAAUUCAGUCAACAUUUUAAGUGACUAAUUCAGUCAUGUCUGGGAAGUUCAAAUACAGAGAUAAUGUGAUCACUCCUGCUCUAAGGAGUAGAAGUAAGAGAGAACCCUGGAAGCCAGAGUUUAGUCACACCACAAAUGAGGGGAGCACACAGCCCUUUCUGUCUCAGGCCAUGUAAGAAUGACGCCCCCACCCCUUGCCUUUCUUUUACUUUA